UAGUUCAUGUUAAUAUGGCUGCUGUGAAAAAAAAUGUAUCAUAAAGAAGACUUGCAGUGAGUUUUGCGGUUCCUGAAACCCAGACAGAGUGAGACCUCUUCGCUGUUGUUUCUCUAACAGCAGCUACAGGUUGCUCACCUGUGUGCUGGAGCUGUCGGAGGAGCGCGCGGGCUCUGUGUGCGGCAGCCAGUGACAGAGGGCGCGCGCUGCCAUUCCAACACUCAUCCCCGGUGCUACGGAACGAGGCGCACGCGGCGACAGCCUCCAAAUAUUACCCGCUAAAACUCCUCCCACCCCCUCACAAAAACGGUGUUCCUCUCAGGUUGUGCCUCACAACGCGGUCCGCAGCAGGGAAGGACCGUGGGUUGGUGAAGUGCGGCUGUUAACGCCACGUCGACUAAAACAAACAAACUAAAGCUUUAACAGUUGUUUCUCUCUUCCCUUUUCAUCUGUCGGUGUGAAGCGGAGUUUUAACGCCGUGAACCAUGCUGGACCCGUCCUCCAGCGAAGACACCGGCGGGGAGUCCGACCCAGAAGUUGUCCAGGUGGCUGCGAAGAAACCUGCUGCCUCCUCGACGGGGAAACACGGGAACAACAGCCGGGCGGGCGGCCAGCAGCGACAGUCCGCUUCACCUGGAGGUGCCCCCGGCAAAGGUGCGAAAGACAGCAGCGCUACAGGUGAAGAGGAGGAGAGGAAGGAGCGCGAGCGGAUCCAGAAGGAGGAAGAGGAGAGAAAAAUUAAACUUCAAAUUUAUGUGUUCGUCCUGAGGUGCAUAGCCUACCCGUUCAACGCCAAGCAGCCCACCGACAUGGCCCGGCGGCAGCAGAAGGUGAACAAGCAGCAGCUGCAGGCCGUGAAGGAACGUUUCCUGGCUUUUCUCAACGGGGAAACUCAGAUUGUGGCGGAUGAAGCUUUCUGCAACGCUGUGAGGAGCUACUAUGAGGGCUUCCUGAAGAGCGAGCGUGUUUCCAGGAUGGUUCAGAGCGGCGGCUGCUCUGCCAACGACUUUCGUGAGGUCUUCAAGAAGAACAUUGAGCGGCGUGUCCGAAGCCUUCCAGAGAUCGAUGGCCUGAGCAAAGAGACUGUCCUGAGCUCCUGGAUCGCAAAGUACGAUUCCAUCUACAGGGGGGAUGAGGACAUGCGGCGUCAGCCACAACGGGCGCACCUGAGCGCCGUGUCGGAGCUCAUCCUCAGUAAGGAACAACUGUACGAGAUGUUCCAGCAGAUCCUUGGCAUCCGCAAGUUUGAGCACCAGCUGCUGUACAAUGGCUGCCAGCUGGACAACGUGGACGAGCAGGCGGCCCAGAUCCGCAGAGAGCUGGAUGGAAGAUUACAGCUGGCUGAGAAGAUUUCCAGGGAGAGGAGAUACCCAAAGUUUGUCUCUGCUGACAUGGAGCCUCUUUACGUGGAGGAGCUGCGUUCGUCAGUCAACCUGCUCAUGGCGAACCUAGAGAGUCUGCCGGUGUCCAAAGGAGGUCCAGACUUCAAACAGAAGCUCAAACGCUCCUCCAUGAACAACUCCUUCCUGGACAUGGGAGAUGAAGGAGACAUCCUGUCCAAGUCUGACGUUGUGCUGUCUUUUACUCUGGAGAUUGUGAUCGUGGAGGUCCAAGGUCUAAAGUCUGUGGCUCCAAACCGGAUCGUUUACUGCACCAUGGAGGUGGAUGGAGGAGAGAAGCUGCAGACAGACCAAGCUGAAGCCUCCAGACCACAGUGGGGGACUCAGGGGGACUUCACCACGACUCACCCUCUGCCCUCGGUCAAAGUGAAGCUGUUCACAGAGAGCACAGGGGUCCUGGCUCUGGAGGACAAGGAGCUAGGCCGGGUGGUCCUGAAUCCGACCACCAACGGGCCGAAGCAAGCCGAGUUUCACCGGAUGGUCGUCCCCAAGAACAGCCAGGACACAGAGCUGAAGAUCAAACUGGCUGUCCGCAUGGACAAACCCCCCAACAUGAAACACAGCGGGCACCUGUACGCUCUUGGACAGAGAGUCUGGAAACGCUGGAAAAGAAGAUACUUUGUUCUCGUUCAGGUGAGUCAGUACACGUUCGCCAUGUGCAGCUACAGAGAGAAGAAGGCCGAGCCUCAGGAGCUGAUGCAGCUGGAGGGCUACACAGUGGACUACUGCGACCCUCAGCCAGGUCUGCAGGGCGGCCGGGUGUUUUUUAAUGCUGUGAAGGAAGGCGACCUGGUGAUGUUUGCCUGUGAUGAUGAGCAGGACCGAACGCUGUGGGUCCAGGCCAUGUACCGAGCCACUGGACAGUCCUACAAACCGGUCCCACCGCCACAGAACAAAACCAUGAACUACAGAGGAGGGACCCAGAAACCAGCAUCCCCCAUCAGUCUGGGGCCAUCUCAGCGUCAGGGGGUUGAGGAACUGAUCUCUGCAGCUCCGUGUCGCUUUGAUCACGCUGCCCUGUUCACCAUUUUACAGAAAAACACUCUGCAGCACCGCAUGAAUGACUCCUUCUCCUGCCUGGGUUGGUUCAGCCCCGGUCAGGUGUUCGUCCUGGACGAGUACUGCGCUCGAUACGGCGUUCGAGGCUGCCACCGUCACCUGAGCUACCUGAAGGAUCUGAUGGAAUAUUCAGAGAACAACGCCCUGGUCGACCCCACACUGCUGCACUACAGCUAUGCCUUCUGCGCAUCCCACGUCCACGGAAACAGGCCUGAUGGGAUGGGGACGGUGGCCGUGGAGGAAAAGGAACAGUUCGAGGCCAUCAGGAGUCGCCUCAUGGCCCUGCUGGAGAACCAGAUCACACAUUUUAGGUACUGCUUUCCCUUUGGACGACCAGAUGGGGCCCUGAAGGCAACGCUUUCCCUGCAGGAACGGGUUUUGAUGAAGGACAUUACCACGCCUGUUCCUCCAGAGGAGACGAAGAAACGGGUGCAGAAGUGUCUGGAAAAAGCAGCUCAAAUCAACUACAGUCAACUGAUCGAAUACGCUCAAAUCAAAGUGGACGCUCAGGCAGCUCCAGAGAAAAGGCUGGAGGACAUGAUGCGACUGGGAGAGCUCUGCAUCGAGGUCCUGCAGCAGAACGACGAACAUCACUCAGAGGGAGUAGAGGCUUUCUCGUGGUGGCCAGAGCUGAUGGCUGAACACGCUGAGACAUUUUUGUCUCUGUACAGAGCUCACAUGGACGCCGCCCUGCAGGUUCAGCCUGUUGACUCCUGGGACAGCUUCCCAAUAUUCCAGCUCCUCAACAACUUCCUGCGAACCGAUCCUCACCUUUGCAAUGGUGCGUUCCACAAACACCUGCAGGACCUGUUUGUCCCACUGGUAGUGCGUUACAUCGACCUGAUGGAGUCGUCCAUUGCUCAGUCCAUCCACCGCGGCUUCGAGCAGGAGACCUGGCAGUCUGUCAAGUCGUUAACUAACAAUCUAGCAAGCGUUCCUCUUCCCAAAGUCCCCAGCCUCCCUCUCACACUGCCACAGAUGCCCAGCUUCUCAGCACCCGCAUGGAUGGGACCACUGUGUGACAACACCUUGCAGGGAAUAAACCUACCUGACAUCUUUAAUGGCUCGGCCACCUCUGAGGAUUUGUUCUGGAAGCUGGAUGCUCUGCAGAUGUUCGUGCUGGACCUCCACUGGCCGGAACCUGAGUUUGCCAAACAUCUGGAGCAGAGACUCAAACUGAUGGCCAGCGACAUGAUGGAGGCCUGCGUCAAGAGAACAAAAUCUGCAUUCGAUGCCAAAAUGCAGAAAGCAAGUAAGUCUACGGACUUCCGGGUGCCGCUGUCAGUUUGCACCAUGUUCAAUGUGCUGAUGGACGCCAAGAAGCAGUGCUCCAAACUCUGCGUGCUGGACACCGGUCAGGAGAUUGACAAACAAUGGCAACAGUACCACUCCAAAAUAGAUGUUCUGAUUGACGAUGCAUUCAAAGACAUGAUUUCCUCCCUCGUCUCAAAGUUUGCCGCUGUUUUAGACGGCGUCCUCUCCAAGCUCUCGAGAUACGAUGAAGGGACAUUCUUCUCUUCAAUCCUCUCUUUCACAGUGAAAGCAGCUGCCAAAUAUGUGGAAGUCCCUAAACCAGGGAUGGAUCUGGCCGACACCUACAUCACAUUCGUACGACAGAACCAAGACAUCCUCCGAGACCGUGUCAACGAUGAGCUGUACAUCGAGAAGGUGUUUGAUCAAUGGUACACCGGCUCAACAAAGGCAGUGUGUGUUUGGCUAACAGACAGACUGGACCUACAGCUCCAUAUGUACCAGCUGAAAACACUCAUCAAGAUUGUGAAGAAGACCUACCGUGACUUCAGGCUGCAGGGCGUCCUGGAUGGCACGCUGAACAACAAGAGCUACGAGACCAUCUACAACCGGCUGACAGUGGAGGAAGCCACAGUGGCUGUCAAGGCGGGGGAUGGCCUGCAGGGUAUCAGCAUGAGAGACAGUGAUGAGGAGGAUGAUUGAACACACACACAUCAUACCUUCACACACCCUGUUACUACUUGAUUAUCAUCCUCUUGAAUAGAUCAGGACCCUUCACAGCAAUUAAUGAUAUGUGUCCUCUAAAGCUGAAACAUCAUUUUAUAAUAAGAUCGCUAAAAAUUAAAGGAAAUGGGGGGAAAUUAUGUUUUCAUCAACAGGACAAGUUGUCAUGUUAUUGAUGCAUGUUCUCCACUGAACUCCACUCAGUGUAAGUUAAUAAAAACUAAAAGUGAAAUGGAAAAUAAGAUUGUAGAGAAUGAACAGAAAUAUUACUUGGGUACUCUUGGGCAUGCUGUAUUACUAACAGAACGAGCAAGUAAUGCAAUUGUUAAGUAGCAAGCCAACAGCUUUUAGCUCACUCAUAUGCAGGCAAAGUAUCCAUGCUGUUACCAACAGGGCAAGUUAUGCUAAGAUUAGCAAGCAAGCCAUUUCAUAUAACAGCACUCGAUAAAUACAAAUAUUGAUAUUGGAUUAGAAAUUAUAUAAGAAAUAGUAGGCUGGUUGUCAGGCAAAAGCCAUGCUGUUCUCAACAGCAAGGUAGUUAUGUAGGUAUUGUGAAAUAUACUGGAUCAUCUGCUGUGAAUUUCACAUUACGUAAGAUUGCUAAUAUUAGCUAACAAUAAUAUAUUCAUUUAGAAAGAAGUGAGGUGAUGAUAGACAAAUGUGUGAUGAGAUAUUUUGUCUGGUCUAGUCAUUUAUUACAGUUACAGUAAUAGUAGAAACAACAUAUAAUAUAGUCAGUAGCUACAUAACUUGUCAAACAUGAACAUUUAUUUAAAACCAAAAUAAUCAUUGGAAAGGAAACAACAUUUAUCCAAAUUGUUCAACAAGAUAAUCUUCACAAAUUAAAGGAUAUGGCUGGCAUUGUUCUAUAGUUAUUACUCUCAACAAAUCUCAUCAAAAGACCAAAACCAACAAUGUGUUAGUCUAUUUCUCAAUACCUUUUAGCUUCCCUUUCCUGUGUGAUUUAUGCUGAUUUAAAGGUGAAUCCUUAUCGAUUUUUAGAGGCACAGACCUUAUUUUCUUCAGAAACAGGAAACUGGAGUGCAGUGGCACAUGUGCAGUAGAGGUAACAUAUCAUUCAUCGUAACUGAAGGUCCUGAACGCCCCCUUUUACCCAACGUGUCACAUUGCCUGGACACUGCUGUACAUACGUGUUGAAACGUACACACACGAGUGAGAAUGUACGACAAACAGGAAGCCAAGGUGAGGCGAGGCAUCUGUAGGACAUGGUGCUGAGACAAACCUUGUCCUCCCUGUCUCACCUGCAGGACAGGAAGCCCCGCCCUCCUCAGCAGCCAUACUCCGAUUGAUGUCACUUUGUACAGUAGAGCUCAGCGAUCGCUGUCAGUGCAGCUUCUUCCUGUUUUGUUUUUAUCCAGUUGUAGCUUCUUGUUCAAAACACUAAAGGCCCCGGCAGCUCUGAAAGCCCACCAUCCGAUCACCCUCGCAUCAUUGUACUGACAGCAAGAGCAGCAAAGUCAACUCAAAUAUUUUUAUUUGACAGGAAGCUUGGAAUUGUAAGGUUCUAAUUGUAACUGACUGUUUUUAUCAAAGUUAUCCACUGUCAUAUCUUUAUUACUUUAUGCUACUAUGGUUUUAGUCUUUGAAUAACCAAACUACGUUGUUGAAUGUUGUAAAAAUCAAGACCUGCUGGCAUCUUCUAGAUCAGUGGUACUCAAUAGGCGGCCCCCGGCAGGCAUCCGGCCCGCCGGCAACCUAUUUGUGGCCCCUGAACUGUUAUUUCCUCACUAUGGGUUUUGGUUGGGUCAGCACAUGUAUAUCAGGAGAUGUCUCCAUGCCAACGAUAUACAGACAGCCUGUUUUUUAACCUUCACUUUGGUUUUUGGAGCGGUUCGCAUAUUGACACUUUUGCCGGCUGUAGGAGCCUAGAUUGCACAAGAAAAAAAGAUUGCACGAAAAUGGCGUGUUCCAAGUUCUCUGCUAAAAGAAAGGUGGGCAGUGAAAAUCGGCAGUUCACCCAUGUGCUUAAUAUGCCAAGAGACUAUAGCUGUGAUGAAGAUUUCCAAUUUGAAAAAGAAACAGCAUUAUGAAACAAAGCAUAGGAAUGAAUGCACUGAAAUUCGAGCUGUCAAGCUGCAAGCAGGAUUCUUGUCACGUCUAUGAUACAACAACAAAAAGCAACAGAGUGCUCACUUAGAGUGGCAUGGAUUUUGGAUAAACAGAAGAAGCCAUUCUCAGAUGCAGAAAUAAUAAGAAUGCAUGACUGAAGUGAUGACACAAUGUUUGAAGGCAAACAAAAAGAGAAAAUUAAAGCUAAAAUUAAGCAAAUCCCCCUUGCAGAUUCCACAAAUUAUAUUUUAUUUAAGUUAAUAUUUUUGUUGUUUUGAAUAAAAAGGACAUUUUCUUUUGAAUAUUACAGUAUAUCGCAUGUGGCCUGACCAACCUCAAUAAAUGGACCUUUGAGUCAUUGAAAAAAAUCUUGGUGGCCCAUUUGUAUUUGAGUACCCUUGUUCUAGAUGCUGAAAUAUUCCUUAUAACACAAUAACUGUAUGGUUUGUUCAACAAAGCAUCUGACUAUGACACAGGAGAACGCUGUUCACGGACUGUUCAGAACAAACAUUGACUCACAAUCCAAUGUUGGUUCCUUUUAACCACAACCACAAUCUUUCUCUAACUUUAAUCAAGUAGCUUUAGUUGCCUAAAUUUGAUCUAACUUUUACCAUAGAACUGACUUUAGAAAACAUUCAUAUGGGUUGUUUAAGACAAUCUUUUGUUAUUAAGUCUGAGGAGUUUUUGACCCACGAUAUGAACAACAUAUUUAGCUACAUUAGCUAUUCUUUAUUCCAGGAAAUUUCAUAUUGAUAUAUCUUGUGUAAAUGGAAAAGCAGGAACGCUGACCUUCUAAUGGUAUUGAUAAUGGUAAUGGUGGUAUAUAGGUGAAAAUCAGCCUAACCAUCAUCACUAUUCUUUGGUCCAUUCAUGGUUGACAAUUUCCAUACAAUGCAGAGUUUCUGCGCCUUUUAUAUAGCGAGGCAGAAAGUUAAGCAGGUGUAGUAAUUUGAUAUGUAGUUCAUCUGUUAUGCCGGAAACAAAUUUGUAUUCAAUCAGACUAAACUAUUAAUGUUAGCUUUUGUUAACCAUUGCUGCGAUCUUUCCCAAACCUUAAAGGAUAAAUUCUGGUUUAUUACCGUUUGGUAGUUUUGUCCAUCAUUUUCUCAUUACAUUAACAAUGUACUCACCAAGUGUACUCACCACAACAUCUGAGAUCUGGGACCACGGUGACAUCUCUAAAAAAAAAAGUCAAAUGCGUCAACGGAACAUAAUCAGUCAGGCUGAAAAUAAACCAACGAAUUGUCUAGGUUAUCUAAACUUUAACUUUAUAUUAUUUUUCACGUCUGUUUUCCUCUGUUGUUUCUGUUUACCUGGUGGUUUGUGACCUGCUUGAUUGGCUGUCCAUGUUUCUUAGACUAUUGAACUUCAAAAAACUUUGACUGGUAUCAUAAAUCGAUGGUCGAUGGACCCAAGUCUUAAUAAACCAAAGGGUAUCCUUUAACUUGACUUUAACUCUUUCUGUACUAUAGUUGCCAUGCACAGAUGUAGUAUUCACAUUGAAGGAUCUUGAAACUUUGUCGCAGCAUUUGAUCGGGGGAUUUCGCAGAAUCAAGUCAUGGUUUUGUCUGGCAAUAGUGUUGAGCUUUCAGAACAAAAACAGAAAGUUGUAAUCGCUUAAUGUUUGAUGUUCAUUGUCUCUAGAAUUCUUACAACUCCAAGCUGAUUAAAGGUUGCUGCGCUGCUGUAGUUUCUGAAUCUGAACCUUCUGUAACUCAAAAUGCCCCCACAGCUAAGCAACGACUGGUGGCCUCAGGUGGUUAGAGAUGCAAAAAAUGAAAUAUUCUUGUUGUUAAACGAGGGUAUCACUGAAACAGGUUUGUAGGUUCAGUGAAACAAGGAACAAAUCUAGACAUGAAGUCAGUUUCACCAUGUGAAGUUCAAAAGGUGUUGAAGCUGCGUCAAAGCUCUGAUUUGGGGGAAUAAUUGUUCAGAAUCAUGACUACAUGUUGGUAUAGAUCUACUAUCAUCUUCUCAUUGUGAUAUUUACUGUUGUGAAGAAUAAUAUUGAGCUGUAGAGUGAUAUGGUCGUACUGCCUGAUGUGCAUCAUAUCCAACAUUGAUCAAAGUCUUAGAAAUGUGCCAAUGAACUGGAAACGUGUGGAGUUUUUUUUUUUUUUUUUAAGUGAGAACAUCCCAGGAGAACGUGGAUCUGUUUUUAAUCUGAUUGAUGUGUUUAAUCUGAUCAUCUGUGAGUGGACGAAACUGCUCAUUCAUUCACUACAGUCUGUUUGUGUGUCGUCGUUGAGAAAAUAAAGAGUUUUACCUGUAAAUUCAGUGUAGGGCUCCGAUCAACUGUGUGCAACAACCUGCUGUUUGUUUUAACUGUCCGAGCCAGUUUGUGUCAGUGCAGUUCAAAGGACAAAAACUAAAGGACAAAAAUCUAUACAAAGUAUAUUUAUAUUGUCUCAUUGUGCACCUGUUUUGUUCAGGUGUCUUAUCUAAGUGUCACAAUUAAAAGUGUUUUUAAAGCACCUGUGUUGUCGUCAUAUGUUUU